AUGGCAGUACAGACAGGUCUCGACUAUAUGCGUUCGCGCACGCAGAUCGACUGUGAUACGCUAGACGACGAAGUCGCCAAAACCCUGGGUCCAUUCGAGGACUGUACUUCCAACCAAGCUAUUGCACUUGGCGAGCUUUCUAAGCCAGCACGGGCUGAAGUCAUUGCGGCGGCACAGGCAGAUGCGAAGAAACUGCAUCCGAACUACUCGUCAACCACGGUCGAAGAAUUGGCUGUCGAGAUUGCGACUGUUAGAUUGGCCGUUGGAAUGGCAAAACAUAUUCGUGGACGUGUUCAUGUCCAGGUUAAUCCUUACUACUCAUACUCAUCGGAGAAGAUUGCGGCCAAUGCAUUCCGAAUUUUGCAGUUGUUCCAUUAUGUCCAGCCCGGCUUCGACGUCAGUCGCAUCUCUAUCAAGAUUCCUAGUACGUGGGAAGGAAUGAUGGCCUGCCACACUCUUGAAGCAGCCGGUGUGCAUACUUUAGCAACCACUUUGUUCAGCAUGGCUCAAGCUGUGCUCGCAGCUGAGGUCGGCUGUACUUAUAUCGCACCUUAUGUGAACGAACUGAGGGUGCAUGUACAAGCAGGAUUUGUGGACAAUGCGAAAUUGCUCCCGCUUUGCGCAGCCAUUCAGAAAUACUAUAAGUCCAUCAAUUCGCCCACCAAAGUUCUCCCUGCUAGCUUGACUUCCGUCGAGGAGAUCUUCUGCCUCGCUGGGGUGGAUCACCUCACUAUCUCGCCAGGUCUGUUGACACAGUUGACUCAGCCUUAUGUAGGAGAUGUCAAGUCGCUACUUGAUAUUGAGCCGACACUUCCAAUCCCGGCGCAGGAGUACUCUCUCAUCAGCGAUCCUGGAAACUACCAGAUCAGAUUUGCCCGCGACCUGGGUGGUGCUAGUCAGAUUAAGCUGACCGAGGCUAUAAAUAUUUUCUGUGAUGCCCAGGACAAGUUAGAGCUGCUUAUGAAAGGACAAUAG